UCUCAGUCUCCUUAUGUUUGCUUUCAGUUCUUUUUAUGUUAUUGCUUAGUCCCACAUUGGCCAUAAAAAAGUCAUAUGUGGUGUACAUGGGUGCUCAUUCACAUGGAAAUGAAGUUACAUCCGUUGAUUAUGAUAGAGUAACAGAUUCACAUCACAAGUUUCUUGGAUCAUACUUGGGAAGCACUGAGAAAGCAAAGGAAGCAAUUUUCUACUCUUACACUAGGCACAUCAAUGGCUUUUCUGCUAUGCUUAAGGAUGAAGAAGCAGCAGAAAUUUCAAGGCAUCCCCAGGUAGUAUCAGUAUUUGAAAACAGGGGAAGAAAAUUACACACAACAAGAUCAUGGAACUUCAUGGGGUUGGAGAAUAAUGAUGGAGUUAUUCAUCCAAGUUCACUAUGGAAGAAGGCAAGAUUUGGAGAAGAUACCAUCAUUGGCAACCUUGAUACUGGUGCCUGGCCUGAAUCAGAAAGCUUUAGUGAUGAAGGAUUGGGACCAAUCCCUUCAAAGUGGAGAGGAAUUUGUCAAAGUGAUUCUGAUCCCACCUUUCAUUGCAAUAGGAAGCUAAUCGGAGCAAGGUACUUCAACAAAGGAUAUGCUACUCUAGCAGGAUCUCUAAAUUCAACUUCCAACACACCACGAGACACCGAUGGCCAUGGUUCCCACACGUUAUCCACAGCCGGUGGGAGCUUUGUUAAGGGAGCUAGUGUUUUUGGGUAUGGAAACGGGACGGCAAAGGGUGGAUCACCAAAAGCAAGAGUAGCAGCUUAUAAAGUUUGCUGGACUCCAAUUAUGGGCAAUGAGUGCUUUGAUGCAGAUGUCUUGGCUGCUUUUGAUAUGGCAAUUCAUGAUGGCGUGGAUGUGCUUUCGGUGUCACUUGGAGGAGAAGCAGUAGCAUAUGCCAAUGACAGUGUUGCUAUCGGUGCAUUUCAUGCUGUUAAGCAUGGAAUUGUUGUGGUCACAUCUGCUGGUAACUCUGGUCCUGGUGCUGGUACAGUAUCUAAUGUUGCACCUUGGGUCAUCACCGUUGGGGCAAGCACCAUGGAUCGUCAGUUUCCUAGCUAUGUCACCCUCGGAAACAACAAGCAUUACAAGGGAGAAAGCCUUUCAGUUGAAGCACUACCCAAAGGAAAGUUCUUCCCAAUUAUCAGUGCUGCUUCAGCAAAAGCUCAGCAUGCUAUAACCGAAGACGCUCAACUAUGCAAAGCUGGUGCAUUGGACCCUAAGAAGGUAAAAGGAUCUAUUUUAGUUUGCCUAAGAGGAGAUAAUGCAAGGGUUGACAAGGGCCAACAAGCUGCUUUAGCAGGUGCAGUUGGAAUGGUUCUAGCAAAUGAUUAUGCGUCUGGCAACGAAAUUAUUGCUGAUCCUCACGUCUUACCUGCUACGCAAAUUAGUUACAAUGAUGGACUAUCUGUCUUCGCUUAUCUUGACUCAACAAGUGCACCUACAGCUUCCAUCACACAUCCAACAACUCAACUGGGGACAAAGCCAGCUCCGGUUAUGGCAGCCUUUUCAUCGAUAGGGCCUAACACUGUUACACCUGAAAUUCUUAAGCCUGAUAUCACUGCUCCAGGAGUGAGUAUAAUUGCUGCCUAUACUGGCGCUGAAGGACCUACAAAUCAAGAUUUUGAUAAACGUCGGGUUAAAUUUAACUCAGUUUCAGGCACUUCUAUGUCAUGCCCUCAUGUUUCUGGUAUUGUUGGCCUUUUAAAAACCCUCCACCCAACUUGGAGUCCUUCUGCUAUCAAGUCCGCAAUUAUGACAACUGCGAGAACGCGAGAUAAUGCUGUAGAGCCAAUGUUGAAUGCUAGUCACAUCAAGACAAGUCCAUUUGCUUAUGGAUCAGGGCACGUAAGGCCAAACCGUGCCAUGGAUCCUGGCUUGGUCUACGACUUGACAAUUGAUGAUUAUUUGAGUUUUCUCUGUGCACAAGGCUACAAUGAAACUCAAAUAAAGACAUUUACCCAAGGACCUUUCAAAUGCCCCGAUCCGAUUAAUUUCAUCAACAUGAAUUUACCCUCAAUCACAGUGCCUAAUCUCAAUGGGUCCGUUACUGUUACAAGAACUUUGAAGAAUGUUGGAUCUCCAGCUACGUAUAAAGCUCGUAUUCGCAGGCCCAUUGGAAUUUCUGUUAUUGUUGAGCCCAAUAUUCUUGAGUUCAAGAAUAUUGGUGAGGAGAAAUCGUUUAAGCUCACAUUGAAGGUUAAAGGAGUUAAUGCACCAAAAGAUUAUGUAUUUGGACAGUUAAUUUGGUCUGAUAGUAAGCACUAUGUUAGAAGUCCAAUUGUAGUAAAAUGUAACUAGGCAGGUUUGUCAGAUUUUUUUCAAGUAAUGACUGCAAGUUAGUUCAUUGAUAUUUUUUUCUCCAGUCCAGCAAAAAAAAUGAGAAAGGGAUGUGUACUUAAUGAAAAUCUUUUAGUGAGAAUUCAAUGCAGUCUGAAUAUAA